ACAGUUGGCGCUUGGGAAAGCAAGCAGCGGCCAUAGAGAGGUUUAAUUGCAGUAGUAUGCAGCAUAUUGUUCCUCUGAGUAAGAAGAGGCUAGCGAAUCCGACUGACGAUCAUCCUGUCAAGGCACCACUCAUUCAGUACAGAAGAAGCAUUGGUACAAUCCCGGAUUUGCCUUCUCCACAAACUGAUCGAGCUCAGUUGGUAACGGGGGUUUUUGCCCUUGCCUCCACCAGAAUUGGUCAAUCAUGUUUUGUACAAUCAGUCUUAGUUGGCAUGCGCGGUCUCGAGGUAGAUGACAGAAACAUUGUUGGACAAACGCCUGAUUCGGGUGAUCAAAGUCUGUUCGGAUGGGCUGCGGAAGAGGAAGCGGAGCGUUGUUCGCUAAAAGAGAAAUGA